AUGGUGAGUGGUUUCAUUUGUGGUACAAAUAGUUUUCCUGAAGAAGAAGGUAACUUUGAUAGACGAACUCGAAGCGCAGAUUCUUCACCACAAAAAACAAGAUCAAAGAGCAGCAACAAGAACCCGUAUUCGAGUCGAGGCCUAGACAAAUUCUCAGCUCUUCUUGUAGAGAUUGAAGAAAAAAGACAGCAAAUCUACUCUCAAGUUCACCCUGAUGAGAUUUCCCUCGUUCGUUUCGCCUACAAUGGUGAUCAUGAUUUCAAACCCAUUGUAGUCAAGGUUAAAGCUAAAGCUCAUGAUCAUCAUCAUGUUCAUGCACCACCCAAGCAACUACCAAAGAAUGCUGAUAAUAAUAUUCAAAAACCUGCACUUCUAAGUAAGCUAAAUUCCUCAUCAUCUAUGAACAUCAAAGAGGAUAUUAAGGCUUGUGAAAAUGAGGCUAAUAAUAAUUCAAAGAACAAAAAAAUGGGAUUUAGUAGAAAAGUAGGGUUUUAUCAAUGGAAAAAACCAAAUUUUUACUUGCCCAUGAUUGUUAUUUUAACCUUGGUGUUUGUGGUAUUAUUUGGGAGAUCUUUUGCAAUUAUGUGCACUUCAAUUGGGUGGUAUGUUAUUCCUUCCAUUGCAAAAAAUUCAAAAUCUUAUUCCAAAUCAAGGGUUUCUUUUAAGAAGAAAGAUUAUGCAAUUAGGAGAUUGAGUGACAAGAAACUUGUGACAAGUGAAGGAACAAAGUCCUUUAAGACAUCUGAUGGAAGAUCUUAACCUAUUUACUAGCACGGAAACAAUUGGGGUUUCAGAAACAAAAACGUUAUUAAAACGGGAGGCAUCCCGUGGCGUUCGCAGCUCGAGCCCCGAAAAGUCCGAAAACGUGUGUUAUAAUCUUCAAUUUUUCCGAACAAAGUCCUGACCUUCUAAUGGAAGAUAUUAACAUCAAAUGGUGAAUUGGAAGAUUAUUUUGACUCAUUCCAUACUCAUUAUCAUGGUUGCUUUAGGCCUUAGGGUGUACAUUUUGUUGUGCAGAUUAGAUUUUUGUUAGAAUUUUUUGUUUGUUUGUUUGUUUGUUUGUUUUGUAUAGGGUAUAGGAAACUAUAUUGUUUAGGUAAUAUCUGUAUAUUACUAUGCAAAAAUGAGGAUGGAAGAUGAACCAGGGUAGAAGAGGACUCUGUUUUACGUCCAAGUUUUUAUUUUCCAAUUACUUCAUUAUUGGUCUUUCUUAUCUACGUGUUGUAUAUUCCAAAUCUGAGGGCGCAGUUGCGCACGUCUGCUGAAAUGUAAAUGAAUUGAUAAAUCUAAUCUAAGCUUUGGAUUUUUUCCCC